CAAUCGCAAAGCGACCUGUCAAGUGUCACAUUCUUGGCACGAUUCACCUUACAUAACCUCAAAACUCCACAGACCGAAUCUCCGCAGCAAACAGUUUCUAUUGUCACGAAAUGACCACAGAUGGAUAUUCCGUUCGGUAAAGUCCUAAUUUACGCGCUCACCUUCAUCGGGUACAUCUAUUCCGGUUAUGGUUCCGGUCUGUUGACAAAUUUGCGCGAUGCGGUUAUUUCAGCCGAGACCAUUUUUGGCGAUGUUAUGAAAAAUGUGAUCAAAGUGGCGCAAAAUUUCCGGAAUUUGCACGACGUGUUCGAUGCCGCGGUGGAGGAGAACUGCGUUUACAAGUGUCCGAAUGGGGCUGCCCCGAAACCCGAUCGGAACCACGUGCCGACGGCCGAUGGGUGCGGCUCCCUGGGGUUGAAAAUCGACAGCGACUAUUUGCCAGUCGGGGAAAUGAAAAAAUGUUGCGAUGAACACGACAAGUGUUACGACACUUGUAGCAACGACAAGGAAGUGUGUGAUUUGGAGUUUAAGAGGUGUUUGUAUAGGUAUUGCGAGGGGUAUGAGAAAAUGGUGGGCGGCGGCACGAUGGUCAAAGCGUGUAAGGGGGCUGCCAAGAUGCUCUUCACCGGGACUUUAACGUUAGGGUGUAAGUCGUAUAUGGACGCCCAACGAAAAGCGUGCUAUUGCCCCCCUACCUACGGAUGGAAAGACAAAAGGAACAAGUACACAAGGGGGGAUGAAUUAUAGUAUUUAUUUUUGUUAUUGUGAGAAGGUUAAUAAAAAAGGAGAGUUGUAA